GCAGGAGCUGCCGCGGCUGCUGGUCGAGGCCGUGGCGACGAGGUGCAAUGCCGUCGCAGACAGGAGCUGCUCGUUCGUGCGGAACGGGCGGCAGCCGAGGCACUUCCUCCACGGCACCCUGCGCGGAGCGGGCGCGCUGAACUCAGCGGUUUAUUAUUUCCACGUUGACGGCGAAGGCGUCGUGCGCACCGCGCUGACGUAUUGGGCCUUGAGCUCCCAGGUGGAGGGCCCGCCGACGUUCUGCCACGGCGGCUGCUCCGCCGCGCUGCUGGACGACGCUUUCGGCGCGUUCACGAACACGCACCUGCGGACCUCGGGCAGGAGCGGCCAGGUCGUGACCGCCUACCUCCACGUGGACUAUAAGAGGCCCGUGCCGCUGACCAGCGGAGUGGUAUGCGCUAUUCGGAGGAGGGUGGAGGGCCGCAAGGUCUUCGCGAAGGGCGAGAUGCUGGUCGAGAAGUCGCUCGGCGAGUGCGUCGUCGCGUGCGAGGCGAGCGCCCUCUUCGUGCAGCUCAAGGAGGGCUACGAGGCGCACGCGAAGGCCUCGAGGGCGGGCUGA